AUGCAGCCCACCCGCCUGCUGCUCAAGCGCUCCGUAUGGAAGGGGCCGCACCUCGUGCCCCUUCCGAUCGUGUUCCCCAAGAAGCAGGGCGACAAGGUGCCCCCCGUCCGCACGCAGGCCCGCUCCGCGACCAUCCUGCCCAGCUUCGUCGGGCUCAAGUUCGAGAUCCACAACGGCAAGGACUACCACCAGGUGGUGAUUACCGAGGACAUGGUCGGCCACAAGCUCGGCGAGUUUUCACCAACGCGGAAACCAAACAUUUGGGACAGGAAAUAA